AUGGCGGCUGCUCCAGGCAGCGGCCUGCCUGUUCCUGAAGGCAUCGACUUCAACCAUCCCUACACGCCGUACGAUGUGCAGACUGCCUUCAUGAAAACAGCUUACGGCGUGCUGCAGGCUGGAAACGGACAGGUUGGCAUUCUGGAAAGUCCCACAGGAACUGGUAAAUCUCUUUCGCUCAUCUGUGCAUCUCUGACAUGGCUGCGCAACCAGCGUAUUGAGGAGCAUGAGGCCUCUCUCAAAGUCAACAUGGACGACUUUAGGGAUGAGCCCGAUUGGAUCGUGGAGCAAAUGCUCCGGCGCAAGAGGGAAGAGCUAGCUCGCAACUGGGAAGAACGAGAGAAAACCUUGGAGCAAAUCCGCCUGAAAGAAAAAGCCCUCGAAAUUCGCAGCGCCAAGCGACGUCGAUUUGACGAAGGCCCUUCGAGCUCGAAGGCUCGGAACGAUGCCGACGCAGACGAUGAGUGGCUGUUGGAUGAGGCCGAUGAGUCUGGUGCCGCAGACGACGGCGAUGCCAUGUCUGGACUGAGCAAAGAAACCAAGGACAUUCUUUCUAGAUUCGGGCUGGGCAACCUGAAGGCGGAGCAAGAGGAGGACAAGGUUGAGGACGGAGUCAAGAUAUACUACACGUCAAGAACGCAUUCUCAACUCACGCAAUUCAUCCAUGAACUUCGACGCCCCGCAUUUCCAUCAUCUAUGCCACCAUCGGUCAAGCCCAACGAUAGUGAAGAUGCCCGGCCGGACAAGGAGCCAGUCAAGCAUCUACCCCUUUCCUCCCGUCAGAAACUGUGCAUCAACCCAUCCGUGGCGAAGCUGGGCACAAUAUCUGCCAUCAAUGACCGAUGCUCAGAGCUGCAGAAGCCCAAGGCCAAGGAUAAAUGUCCUUAUACGCUGAACGAAGACAACAUCAAGCAGACUCACCAGUUUCGAGACACAGCCCACGCCACCCUACCCGACAUAGAAGACCUCUAUCAUCUUGGCAAAAAGCUUGAAGUAUGUCCGUAUUAUGCCUCAAGGGCGGCUAUCGCAGGGGCUGAGAUCGUUACCUUGCCGUAUCCGCUCCUUCUGCAAAAGAACGCCCGAGACGCCCUGGGCAUCAAGCUGGAGGGCAAUGUAGUGAUUGUCGAUGAGGCGCACAACAUCAUGGAUGCAGUAGCCAACGUAUAUGCGUCGGAAAUCAAACUAACAGAGCUGAGACGGGCGCGACAGAUGCUGGGCGUGUACGUCAAAAGAUUCGGCAAGAAAUUGAAGGGAGAAAACCGUGUCAUGGUCGGCCAGGUUGGCAGAGUCAUCGAAGGCCUCACCGAGUGGAUGAGUGGGGCCUUGACGCUCAAGACACCUCAUGGCAUAGUUGACUCUAAGGUGCUCCUUCGAUGCAAGGGCGUGGACCAAAUCAAUCUCUUUAAGCUCAUCCAGUACAUCCAGGAGUCCAAGCUCGCCUACAAAAUUGAGAGCUAUGUCGCUCACGUCGAGGAGGAGAUCGACCAGCCCAAUGCUGGCAAGGCACCACCGAGAUCGUCGACCCCGGUUCUGCACAUCUUGUCAUCGUUCCUGAUUUCUCUCACGAACCUCAGCUCGGAGGGCCGCAUAUUCUACGAAAAGACGUCAUCUAGUUCGCCGGACAUUCAACUUUCUUAUCUGCUACUCUCGCCCACCCAUGCAUUCUCGUCCAUCGCCACGAGUGCCAGGGCAGUCAUUCUAGCCGGUGGUACCAUGUCCCCCUUUGAAGACUACAAGGACCACCUCUUCCCAUACUUGUCGGAUUCGAAACUCACGACGCUCAGCUGCGGCCACGUCAUCCCGCCGUCGAACCUCUGCGUGUGGACGCUCGCGGGCGCGAAACCGGGCCCUAACAGGGACAUCAGCUCCACGUUCGAGUUCAGCUUCCAGCGUCGAAGCGACAAGGCGAUGGUGAGCCAGCUGGGCCUGGCGAUUCUCAACAUCUGCAACGUAGUUCCCGAUGGUGUCGUCGUCUUCUUCCCAAGCUACGGCUACCUCGACGAAGUUGUGGCGGUUUGGGAGACCAAGAAUCCCGGCGAGUCCAAGUCAAUCUGGGACCGCAUGCGAGAGAGAAAGGAGGCGUUCAAGGAGACUCGGGGCGGCUCGAGCGACGAGGUUCUGGAGGCCUACAGCAAGGCCAUCCUCGGCGACGGCGAACCUAGCGCAGACGCAGCAUACAAGCCUCGCGGUGCGAUACUCCUGAGCGUAGUCGGCGGCAAGAUGAGCGAGGGCAUCAACUUUUCCGACCGCCUCGGCCGUUGCGUUAUCAUUAUCGGGUUGCCUUACCCAAACAUCAAUUCUCCCGAGUGGAAAGCAAAGACGGAGUACAUCGAGACUACGACCGUCCAGCGUUUGACCGAUGCGUCGGCGGCCACGCGAAUAUCAAGAGAGGAGGCGACCGUGGCGGCGAAGCAGGCGGCGAGAGACUUUUACGAGAAUGCUUGCAUGCGCGCGGUAAACCAGAGUAUCGGGCGGGCUAUCAGGCACCAAGGCGACUACGCAGCCAUCGUUCUGGUCGACCGGAGCUGA